AUGCCCCGCCCCCUCCGCGUUGCCUCCGCCCAAGUCGGCCACAUCGACCUUACAACACCGCGCUCCUCCAUCCUCUCCCGCCUCAUCUCCCUCCUCGACCAAGCAGCAGCCCAAUCCGUCCAACUCGUCGUUUUCCCCGAAACGACAUUCACGACAUUCUUUCCAAGGUAUUUUUUGGGCGAGGCGGAGUUGGGGAGUUAUUAUGAGAGGGAUGGGUUUCUUGAAGGCGGUGAGAACAAUGUGUUGAGGACAUUUGUGUGCCAUGCGGGCAAGUUGGGGCUCGAUGUCGUCGUGGGUUACGCGGAGAGCACGCCCGACAUCGAGGCGUUGCGGAAAGGCUUAUACACCCCUUCCUCUGCGCCACUGCCUCCAGUCCUCUCGAAAUACCGCAAAGUCCACCUGCCCGGAACCUACGAGCCUUUCAGCACGGACCCGAAGACUACGAAUCAGUUAGAGAAGCGGUAUUUCAGGCCUGGGGACUUGGGGUUCGAGGCGUUCAGGGCGCCGGGGUUGAAGGCUAAGUGGCCACCAGCACAGAGUCCGAUUGUUGGGAUGUUGAUCUGUAAUGAUAGGAGGUGGGCGGAGGGGUGGAGGUGUUAUGGAUUGCAGGGGGUGGAGAUUAUGUGUAUUGGAUAUAAUACGACGGCAUGGGCGCCCGAGCUGUGGGGUUCGUCGCCGGAUUUGACGAGGGAGCAGGCUAGGGAAGAUGCGAUGUUCCACCAUAAAUUGGUCGUUCAGGCGAAUGCGUACACGAAUUCUACAUUCUGCAUAACCUCCGCCCGCACCGGUCUCGACGACAACCACUUCGAGCUCAUCUCCGGCUCCAUGAUCGUUUCUCCCCAGGGCCGCAUCCUCGCCGAAAACAAAACCUCCUCCGACGAACUGAUCGUUGCUGAUGUUGAUCUGGACGAGUGUAAGCCGGGCAAGGCGAAGACGUUUUGUUUUGAGAGGCAUAGGAGGGUGGAGUGUUAUGGGAGGAUUGUGGGGCAGAGGGGGGUGGUGGAGCCUCCGGAGGAGGCGUGA